CAACAACAAAUUCCUUAGUCUAUGCUACGCUUCUUUAAGAGACGGACGUUGCUAAUUGAAUAAUUAAUAACAAUUGUCAUCGGAACUUUUUGAAAUAGGAACGUUGAAAAUAUUAGAACAAAUUUUUAAAUACUGGCAAUUUCGUAGUGCUUACAGUGUGAUCGAUAAAGUCGUUUAAAAAUCGAAUGUGAUAAAAAUGGUGAUGGAAUCGUUGCCCAGCGGGCGAUUCUGGCCGCUGUCACCGCGUCUAUGGCGGAGAAGCAAUGAAUACUCAAAAGUAGUUUUCGAACCUCGAAAACCUCCUUUGUCCCCGAUCGAAAUUCGAAAACACCGCGUCGAUGUCACGCCUGACUUGAUCCGAUCGAGGUUUAUAAAGGAGAGAUUGGAGCAUUUGAAUUUGGAAAAUGAACCGGAAAUUAAAAAAGCGGAAGUGAAGUUACGAUGUAAGAAAAAAAAGGAGCCAAGACCCAACAGUCUUCAGCUGCUAUUGUGCCAAUCCAGUUCUGGACAUUACAGCAGUAACACGUGGAGAUACACUAGAGUCCGGUCUAAAAGUCAUGAGCCGGAAGGCGGCGGGCGGUGCGACGGCCCGCUAACGCGCGCGAUGCAGCCCGCUUCGCCCAAGCGACAUGCGCCCGCGCAUACACACGGCGCAGCUCCAGAUCCCACUACCCUAAAGGUCCACCUUCCAAAUGGAGGCUUCAACGUAGUCCGGGCCUCGAAUGAUGAAGAUGUACGAUCAGUGCUGAGAUGUCUUGCAGCAAGACUAGCAGCGGGUGAACGUGUGUAUGCGUCGUGUUUUGCAUUGCGAGCGCGUCGCUUGACUACGGGAAAGAUCAGAUGGAUUCAUCAAGACACGCCAGUGUCAGAGUUAUUAACGGUAUGGCCGGCCAGCGAGUGGCGAUUGGAGUUGCGGGUUCGAUACCUACCGGCUAACUUGAGAGACCUGUGUGACUCGGAUCGAGUCACCUUUCACUAUUAUUAUGACCAGGUCAGACAUGACUACCUCAACGCAAAUCAUCCGAUGGUCGAUCAAGAUUUGGCGAUUCAGAUAUGCUGUUUGGAGAUCAAAUAUUACUGCAAAGAUAUGCAAAUAUCGUUGGACAAGAAAUCGAAUAUUGAAUAUCUGGAGAAAGAGUUUGGUCUAAACCGAUUCCUGCCUAAGUCUGUGUUAGAUGCGAUUAAACCCAAAGUGCUGAAGAAAGCUAUCCAACAACAGUUUAAAAAGGUAGCAAAUCUGAGCGAUACAGAAGCUAUGCUGAAAUACUUGGAGACGAUGCAUACGCACUACGGGUACGAUCGUGAGACGUUUACGGGCGCACUCGGAACCGGGUGGGCUAUACCCGUUGAACUUGCUAUUGGACCGGAUAUAGAUAUAUCAUACGUAUCCCACAAAGCCGGUGAACCCCCGACGUACACCAAAAUAGCGUCGUUCAGUGACAUAGUCGCCGUGCAGACACUCAAAUCUAACUGUACGCAACAGUCGCAGUCGCAGUCGCAGACGCAGAGCGGAAGUUCAUGUGGAAAAGCAGCUCUUCAGUUGAGAGUGAAAGGUGCCAGCGAAACCUUAACAAUCACAUGCAGUAGUGUUGAUGCCGCUGAAAGUUUAGCGGACUUAGUAGAUGGCUACUGUCGUCUUGUCACAGACUCGCAGACAUCGUUGUGGAAUCGAACUACGGAAAUGAGCAGCAGUUCCUCAGAAGGCAAGACCAGCUCAUGGGAAGGUAACUCGGCUACCCUCCUAUCGGAAGACUAUGCAGAAAUCGUUGACGACGACGCCGACUAUUCUACUCCGGCUGUUCGUGACUACGAGUUGGUUCGUAAUCAAAUCGAAUUAACGGGUAUAAUCGGCGAAGGACAAUUUGGGGAUGUCCAUAAAGGUACGUGCAAAGUAACGUCAGCAAAUCACCCGUCUUUACGUCGCCAACUCGCGCUACAAAAGCAACAGGGGAAGAGCUCGACGGGCGAAUACGUUUUGCCCGUAGCCGUCAAAACGUGCAAAAUGGACGCUGACCUCGAUACAGCCGAGAAGUUUCUGGAAGAGGCCUACAUAAUGCAGCAAUUUUCACAUCCCCACAUAAUUGGUCUGGUGGGAGUGUGUAGUACUCCUCCCAUUUGGAUAGUCAUGGAACUGGCUACACUCGGGGAGAUGAGGGCCUACUUACAACAGAAUUCUCAUAGGUUAGAAACAUGUACACUCGUGCUAUAUAUCUACCAGCUCUCCACUGCUCUCAGUUAUUUGGAGAGCAAGAAGUUCGUGCAUCGAGAUAUUGCUGCGAGGAAUGUUCUAGUUUCAACGCCUACUUGUGUUAAGUUAGCUGAUUUCGGCCUAUCAAAAAUGGUUGAAGACAAGUCUUACUAUAAGGCCUCCAGAGGAAAACUGCCAAUUAAAUGGAUGGCCCCCGAAUCUAUUAAUUUUAGAAGAUUCACAUCUGCUUCGGAUGUUUGGAUGUUUGGUGUGUGUAUGUGGGAGAUUUUAAUGUUGGGCGUGAAACCCUUCAGCGGGGUGAAGAACAAUGACGUCAUCGGGAAAUUGGAAAACGGUGAGAGGCUGGCGUUGCCUCCAAGAUGCCCUCCGAGGCUUUAUUCCUUGAUGUCCAGGUGUUGGACGUACGAGCCUUCUCAUCGGCCUAGCGCUAGUCAGCUUAAGGAAACUCUGUGUGAAAUACUCCAAGAAGAGAGGAGUACGGCCUGGGACACAAUGCGACGUGAGAACAGGCGCGUCGCAGCCGCAUCUUGGGGCGAACACGCACCACCGAAGCCCUGCAGACCCACUACGGAUCUAUCUGCAGUGGCAGAUACGACAACGGGCACCCCAGGCGGGCCGCAGACCUACAUCGUGGCGCAGAACCCGUUGGUGUUGGCCCAUCUGCUUCGAGAAAACCAGUCGCGAGCCAUUCACCCCCAGGCCUACAACACUCCCGCCUCGGUAUUCAACACCGUAGCCGUCGACUUCGCGCAAACUCUACCGGAGAACAUCGAAAAGAUCGCCAAUCCAAAACCCGACGAAAUCAUAGACAUCCCCCUCCAAACGGCCCCAAUCCCCGCCGACAAACUCCACAAACUCGACCCCGUCGUCCCCGAGACGGAGACCCACACGGUCGUCAUCGACGCGAAGGAGAGCUGCGACAACCUUUGUCCGAAUCUCUCCCCUAAAUCCCCGAAAGUCGAAGAGUCACCCGAUUCUUACCCCAACAGGGUCCGAUCUCUCGAACGUACACCCCGCAACACUCUAUCCGAGCGCGGGCCUAUUCGUAUGGGCUCGUUGGAGAGGAACGCCCGAGGCAGCCUCUCCCAUCGCGGUUCCCCGAUCCCGAUCGCCCCUUUCACUAGACAACACUCGGUUCCGGCGUCUCCCCCGCCGAGAAAUCGUCGCGAACAGGACAUAGGCCAGUUCGCGGUUCAAGGCGCUCUGAACGCCCAACUAGCCGCCAGCGUCGUGAAUAAGAUGCGUCAUCAGCCAGAACCGCCUCUGGUGGAAGAGAUUUACGACUUCGGUGGCGAUAAUGUGAAGAGUUGCGUCGCGAUCGCCGCCCACAAAGCGGCGUUGAAGCCCCAAUAUCGGCCGAUUAACAUGGCCGCGUCACAUCCGUCGUCGUACGGGGUACCCGUGGGGGUCGUCCAAGGUGUUCCCUACCAGAGUCCCGCGAAACCGAGUCACAAGUUUCGGUCCAACAGUCCGCAGGUGUAUCCGUCGUCGCCGCAAGGCUUUCCGAUGGGCGUGGCCCAACCCAUGUACCAGCAGAUGUUCGGUCAGAACGUGGUGCAGGGUCAGCCGAUGCUGUACAGACCCCAGGUGUCGUGCGCUCAAGCCGUUCAGUCCGUAGCGGGCUUUCAGAAUCAGUCUGGUCCCCAAUUGGCGGGAGUUGAGAGCUCUCGUCAGGAAUCUUCGUCUUCUUCGGCGCACGCGCAGAGUCCAGAAUUCGAUACGGAGCAAGCUGUGGAAAGGCGAUUGUUAGCGGAAUUAGCGAGACAACAACAUCAGAGUGAGGAGGAUAGAAGAUGGCUUCAAAUGCAAGAAGAUAAUUUGAAACGAUUAUCAAACGUACAAGUCACCAGUUCAGAGGAACAGCCAAAUGACAGCAGAAACGAGACUCCGCGCGAAAAACCUUCUAGUCAAACACACUCAGUGACAAACUCGACCGAAACCAGUCCAGCUAAUACAGUGAAUCCCAAAGAGAAACCAGUCAAUGAGGAAAAGCCCCAAGCGCCAAGUACGUCGACGCCCAACAAGGAACCCGUGUACGUAGCGACAACGGAAGUAGUUCGUUGCGUCAUGCGAUUAGCCAGCACCGCGAAUAACACCGUAACGCCCGCUUCUAUAUUGGAAGCUGUGCGAAGUGUUGGGGCUGCGUUGCGAGAAUUGUGUGCCACUGUGGAUGCUUUGGUGCCGCCUUAUCCUGUUAACGCUCAGAGAGAGGUGGAAAUGGCUCACCAGGUGCUGAGUAAAGACAUGUCAGGUCUGGUGGAAGCCAUGAGGCUCGCCAUUCACUAUCACAACACUACGCUGCAUCAUGAGUACACUAAAAGCAUGUUAGCAGCCGCCCACGUUCUCGCAAUGGAUGCGAAGAACCUUCUAGACGUCGUCGAUUGCAUUCGCGAGAGAUACCCUCACAUCGACUGGCGAGCCGCCCUCUCGGAGGCCGACCUAUCUCCCACCAUCCACAGCCCACAAAACCAAACUCUCACACAGAACAACCAGUGCCAAACGCUGAUCCCGCAAAACCCAGUUCUCAGCACUCAAUCGUCCAUCCAAGAGGACCCCAAACCGGACUUCAAAGUCAACCAGCCAGUGACGACCGUACCCACCAUACCCACAGAGCACCAGAGAGAACAUAACUCUCUGCCUGUCACAUCCAAUCGAGUGUCUACCCUCAUACACAACUACAAUUUGUAUGGAAACGUCCGCGAACCACACAUUUACGGCAACGAGGUGCAUUCCCAAUCGAUCGACGAUUCCAAAAUCGACACGGCCCCGAUCGAAUCGGUCAAGAGUCGAGUCCAAGCGAUCUCUGGGAAGAUCGACUCGCCGCCGAUCUAUUCGAUUAGCAAGAAAAUGGUUCCGAUAGAUCAGAAUCACGAUCAAGGCUAAAUCAGAGGAAUUAUCACCCGUCCAUUGAUUUUACGUGUCGCUGAUGGCUAUGAUGGUGACGGUACUUAUUUGCAUUUAUUGUGUUCGAAGUUUGCGAAGCUUGUAGUGCGAAAAGACAAUCUAUCGAUUGCUCAAUAUCUAGCGAUUAGAUGUCGUGAUAAUUUUUACCAAGCGUAUUGCGUUUAUACGUACUCGUACGCGUACUCAUACGCGUACUCAUACGUUGAUUGUGUAAUUUAAAAAACUUUUUUAACAUAACCGUAACAAUUUUCAUUGACAAACUUUUAUAUUAUUUCAUCAGAAUUGAAAGCCUUUGGCAAGAAAAUUUUAAACAUAGCAUUCAUAUCACAUUUGUAGUUGGGCAUAGUUAUUUUGUUUUGUAGAAAGACUACCUACUGCUUUGGCAUCGAUAUGAAGUAUUUUUGAAAAUUUUCUUGCACAAAUUUAAUCUUCGAUAUGUCAUUUAAAAUUUGUAACCUUUUUUAAUACUUUUCUACUUACAAUCCAUCAUUUAAGACAAUUGCAUCAAACAUAAUAUUAAUUAUGAAAAUACUCUAUGAGUAAGUAAAACGCAAAUGCUUGGUUAAAGUUAACUACAUAUUAGAUAACAUUCAUCACCAUUUCUUUGUGUCUAUAAUCAUAUAUGUCGCAUAUACCGAAGUCUGCUUUUUCCACCAAUUUUUAUUAGGUGAGUUUGUUUAUCAUUUAAAAUUAUACAUUUGACACGUGCACAUACUAUCGUAUCCCUAAUUUUGCAUUCAAAACUGUCUAUAACCUGAGGUAAAGAAGUUGCAAUCUUAUAAGAGAUUGUUUUUUUGUAUCAAAAUUGUACCAGACAAAAUACAUAUUUGCUAGCUUUACGUGAUCCAUUUUGCAUACGGGAUGCUUACGUUAGCAUCCGCUAGUAUUUGUUUACUUUUGCGGAUUUUUUAUAUUUUUUUAAUGGAUUUUACUGAGGUAUAUGCGAGAUUGACAUAUCGCAUUGUUGUGCUUCAAAUUUUAUAAUGUUGCUUCUCGUAAGAUUACAUAUCCAAUAACAUUUUUUUAAUUAUCAAAAGCACAUUCCUCGAACACCUUACAAUAUAAGUUUUGUAUUUACCUUAUAUAUUGUAUACAGUGGCGCAACACUCCGCUAGAAAACUUGGUGAAAUAUGACUUUAGUCUUGUGACAGCUGUCAUCGAGAACACAGGCUGAAAUUUUUUAAUAAUACAGUUUUUGUUUAUGCUUAACCAUAAUCAAAAAAUAUAGACAUUCAUGUUUUCAUAUAUUUCAUUCUCAUAGUUUUUCUAGUGGUUAGGUGCUUCCUAGCGCCCGAAUUACGUCACUGAUUAUAUAUUUUUGCGAUAUAUUAUCGUUUUUAUACAAAACAAAAUGAUAUCUUCCGUGGCAAACAAUAAUUUUUAUAUAAUUGUUUAAUCGAAGUAUUAUAGAAUAUAUUUUAUGACAGUGUCACAAGUUCGCAUUUAGUUCAGAUUACGCAGUAUUCGAUGUCUACUAACAUUUUUUUGUAAAAAUGUACAAAUAAUGUCCAUAUUAUUUUACCUAUUAUCCAAAGUUUAUUAUAAGCUAAGAUCUCAUACGGAAUUUGUAGCGAUAAAUAUAAGUUGUGUAAUUAGAAUUUUAUUUAUUUUCUUCGAUUUUUAUGUAAAGUUGAUUUAUUGUUUAGCAGGAUUUCAUUCCAAAGUACGAUAGUAAGCGUAGUGAAUGUAUGCAAUAAUAGUUGUGGGCUGCCCGAGAUUAUACAGAUAUAUCAUGUGAACUGGGUUUUGUUUAUGCAUUAAACUGAAUAAAGGACAAACCAUAA